CGGAAAGUCGAUCAAACAGAUUGCGCAUCCUCAGUAUCUUCGGCUCGUUACUGAGGACCUCCCAAAAGAAUCAGCAAAUCCCGCGCAGCGCGACAUCAGUUACAUUUCGGCAGUUGUAAGUCUCGGAUCACUCAAAACACAAAACGGUUCGAAAAACACUGGUGGAUUGAUUUGUAUCGGGGCGGAUAGAAAAUAUAUAAAAAAAAACUCAAGUGCCAAGUGGUCUUUGAACAGAACUUUCGGUUUAAAGGUGAUAUUUUUAGCCGGUGGGUGCCAGCAAUCUUGAACGAACGAGAUAAUAAGGACACAUUGCCUAGCAUUUCUUUGUAAGACAGUGGUGCCUUCAGUGAGCUGCUUCUAGAAGCUUCGUGAUCUAGUAUUAACGGUUUCGGAACUACCGGAUAAGUUGUCCAGCAAGUACACAUAAUCAUCAUGGGUAUUCAGGACGUCCAGGAUCACGUGUUGGUGCAGUGCGACUUUGAAAUCUUCGGCCAGGUGCAAGGAUGCGGUUUCACAAAACACUGCAGAGACAACAGCUUAGCACUCGGGCUGAAAGGAUGGGUGAAAAACUCCAAACAAGGAACCAUCAUGGGCAAAAUGCAAGGCGCCAAGGCAGAUGUACAAAAAAUGGUUGAUUGGCUAUCGAAAACCGGAUCUCCAGGCUGCAAGAUCGAUAAGGCAGAAUUCACAAACUGGGGCACAUUGUCGCGGUUUGCGUUCACAGAUUUCGCGAUUCGGUUCUAGACUAUAGGAAAAUAUAUAUUUUAAGGGUCCAUUCUCACCACCUCUGCACCCCACCCAGAACCAAUCCCAUCUAUUUAUUUUAUUCGAUGAACGCAGAUUUAUGUAUGUUGUUACCUUUUUCGGUAAUGAUAAUAAAUCGUGCACGUGUGUUAUAGCCACAAUCAACGGCAUUACAACAUCUACUAUGAGUUUUGUUGUGACUAAUUAAUUUAGAAGAAAAUGAUGAUUGAUCAUUUAAAAAAAAAUUUCUUAGCUGAACUCUUAUUUUAUUUUGGAAAAAAUAUUUUUUAAUUCUUUAAACGAUCUGUGUAAGAUUCUGGCAGCGAUUAACAAAAGAGAAAACAAGUUUUUGUUCGCAAACUUAUUGUAAACUCUAUUUGUGUUUUAUAAUUUUGUGUUAUACAGAAUAACUGCAAACAAUAACUCUCAACUGUUGUUUUAUUAAACUUUGUCAGAAUCAAAGGUUGAAAUUUAUGUAAAAAAAAUGUAUAAAAUUCAUCCAAUCCGUCAGCGCUUUCAUAUUCUGUUGUAUAUUUACAUAUAUUGCAAACUGGAAUAGAUUUAUUUAUGCUGAAGAAGACUUAGGAAAAGAAACGACGGAAGUCAUCCGACUCGAAGACAGGUAUCUAUCAAAUCUUGAAAACCACGAAGAAUUCAACAUUUAUAUUUCUAUUUUCGCUUCAAUCCAAUCAGAUGAGAUCAGGGGCAUCAAUGUUUAGGUUUUAGGUUUAAUUAUUUAAUUUGUAAGCAGAUGAAAUUCACCAUAUAUAAUUGAUGAAUAAAGUAUAAACUAUAACUUACCAACAA